AUGAUUCCUCGACCCUCAAAUUCAAUCUAUUCUCUUUCUCACUUCAUUUUCACUAAAAAUUCUUUCUUUUAUUCUUCUUCAUCUUCUUCUCUAAUCACUCUCCAUGAUUCUGAGUCAAAACCAAUUUCAAGUCCUUUUUACAAUCUUCUUCCACCGACCCAAAACCCCAACAACAUUGUAAACCUCAUUUCUUCACUCCUCAAACAAAAAAGUUUCCAUCUUUCCCUUUUUCAGGAAGAAAUCAAAGGGAUUCUUCCUCACAUGGGCCCCCAUGAAAUUUCUAGGAUUUUGUUUAGAUGCCAAUCUGAUUACUCUUCAGCACUCACAUUUUUCAAUUGGGUUACAAAUGAUUUGAGUAUCACACACAGUGUGAAAAAUUAUUGCAUAAUUAUUCACAUACUUGCUUGGUCUCAAGUUUUCCCUCAAGCUAUGAAAUUGUUGUCUGAAUUGAUACAAUUGAAUGUUCCUGAUGAGGAUAUUUAUAAGAGUUUGAUUGGUUGUACUGAGGAUUGUAAUUGGAAUCCUGUGAUAUUUGAUAUGCUUAUUAAGGCUUAUGUGAAGUUAGGUAUGGUUGAGAAGGGCUUGGACACUUUUAGGAACAAUGUCGAGGCUUGUUUUGUUCCUAACGUUGUUGCUUGUAAUUGUUUGUUGAAUGGUUUGUCGAAGUUUGAUUAUAUUGAUGAAUGUUGGGAAGUGUAUGAAGAAAUGGGAAGACUUGGAUUACAUAGGAAUGUUUAUACUUUCAAUAUUAUGACGCAUGUUUUGUGUCGAGAUGGAGAUACUGAUAAAGUGAAUGGAUUUCUCGAGAAGAUGGAGGAGGAAGGAUUUGAACCGGAUUUGGUUACGUAUAACACGCUCAUUAAUGGCUAUUGUAGGAAAAGAAGGAUGGAGGAUGCUUUUUAUCUUUAUAAGAUUAUGUGCAUCAGAGGCGUGGUUCCUAAUUUGAUUUCGUAUAGUGCGUUAAUGAACGGUCUUUGUAAAGAAGGGAAGAUCAAGGAGGCUCAUCAGCUUUUUAAUCAGAUGGUUCAAAAAGGAAUUGAUCCGGACGUUGUGUCGUAUAAUACUCUUGUAUCCGGUUAUUGCAAAGAAGGUAAGAUGCAAAUGUGUAGAUCACUAUUGCACGAAAUGAUAGGAGCCGGGACUCGUCCUGACAGUGUCACGUGUAGGAUUGUCUUUCAAGGAUAUGCAAAGGAGGGAAAGCUUUUGUCGGCGUUGAAUUUGGUUGCGGAGCUUCAGAGAUUUGGAGUUACGAUUCCUGAAAAUUUAUAUGAUUAUCUCUUAGUUGCAUUGUGUAAAGAAGGUCGACCGUUUGCAGCUCGAAGUUUUCUGAUAAGGAUAUCUCAAGACGGAUAUGUGCCCGAAAUGGGUACUUACAUUAAACUUGUAGAGUCUCUAUGUAGAUUCAAUAAUGUGGACGAAGCGCUGAUUUUGAUAUCCGAGAUGACAAAAAAGAGUAUGAAACUUAAUCUCACUACCUAUAAAGCUAUCAUAAGUUGCUUGUGUAGAGUAAAAAGGACUUCAGAAGCUGAAGGCAUGUUGGAAGAAAUGGUUAGUUUAAGUAUUUUACCUGAUUUAGAAAUAAAGAGAGCGUUAAUAAAUGGUUAUUGUGAAGAAAAUGAUGUUGAAAAAGCUGUGUUGCUAUUGAAAUUUUUUGCCGAGGAGUUUCAAGUUUACGAUACCGUUAGCUACAAUGCAAUUGUUAAAGUUUUUUGUGAGGGUGGUAAUGUGGCCGAGCUGAUGGAACUUCAAGAUAAGCUUGUCAAGAUAGGGUUUGUUCCAAAUAGUUUAACAUGCCAGUAUGUUAUCCGAGGAUUGCAGAAAGAUAUGGAACUCGACGAUGAUAUAUUGGCCGCAACAUGCUUGAAGUCUAAGUUGUCCCAAACUAGGGCCACUUUCGACUAG